UGUGAUUGCUGAUCAUCAUGUCUGGAAGAGGCAAAGGCGGUAAAGGACUGGGAAAAGGAGGCGCUAAGCGUCACCGUAAAGUUCUGCGUGAUAACAUCCAGGGUAUCACCAAACCCGCCAUCCGUCGUCUCGCUCGCCGUGGUGGAGUCAAGCGAAUCUCCGGUCUGAUCUACGAGGAGACUCGCGGCGUUCUCAAGGUGUUUCUGGAGAAUGUGAUCCGUGACGCCGUUACAUACACCGAGCACGCCAAGAGAAAGACCGUGACCGCCAUGGAUGUUGUGUACGCGCUGAAACGGCAGGGACGCACUCUGUACGGGUUCGGCGGUUAAACCUCUGAUCGUUCCUUAAACCAAAGGCUCUUUUAAGAGCCACCCACAUUAUCUUAAAAGAGCGAGUAAGACUUUGCUUAUUGCUUUUUUUUAAUAUAAAGAGUCUAUGCGACUCCUGUUUUUAUUUUAAAGGGGAUUCUU